AUGGCGGUUUGGGGUUUGGGAGCACCCACUCGGCCGCCUGUCCGGGCGGCGAGUGGACGCAGCGGGCGGCGAGGGAUGCCUGGCUCCCUCGCCGCAGGCCUCACGCAUCGCGAGAGGACGCUGUGCCCGCGCGAUCAGCGCCCGCCGCUGCCUGAGGCCGACGUGAGGGAACGCCCACGCCCGCGCAGCCGACCCUGGCAGCGGUUAAAGCGGCGCUUCAGCGACGACUCCAGCCUCCGAGCGCUGCAAUCCCGGCUCCAGCAUGUGGCACGGUUUGCAGCCUGGUGCUGGUGGUGCUGGUGCUGGUGCUGCAGUGCGGCCAGCGAACCCUUUCCCCUUCGGCACCGGCUACCGCGCACACGCACACGCCCGCGUGCCGACGUCGCCGCCGUGAACACUGCCAGAGCACCGUACGAGGACAUGUCUUCAGGUCUUCGGGUCUCUGCGCCCUUUUCGGUGCUGUCCCUCGCCCGCCGGCCUGCAUUUCACAUGACUGGCCACCACUGCGGGCGCGAAAACGCAGCGCGGAUGGCACACGGCAGCGCUGUUGCACAGGCGGGGUUCUGCCGGUACGGACUGUGUGUAUGCCUGCAGCCUCUGCGAUGUGCUGCCGCCCACUCGAUGCCACGCGAGAAGCGCACGCGAGAGUUUCUUCUUGCGCCGCCCGCCUCUGAGUGGUGA